CUGCGACUUUUCUUCUCUCUUUUUUCUUUCUUUCUUCUUUUCUUCUCCUUUUUUUCCUUUUUUCUCUCCUCUAUGAUGCCGACCUUGUAUUUUCCUCACCCCCUCUUGCUGCCGCAGCACAUUCCCUGUACCUCCAUCGCAUUCCACUGGCUCCAGCCCCCGCAUGCAUUCGAGCCCAGCUACCUGCACGAGCAUUAGAUCUGGUGUUGUUUUUUUUAAUUUUUUUUUUUGUGGUUUCAUUAGAUCUGGUGUUGUAUUCUUUUUUUUUUUCCUUAUUGUCUACUGUAUAUGUGACUUGCUAGAGAACCGGUUCAAAUCGGAAAACCGGACCGGAAAUUACCAGUUCGGCUUGAUUCGGUUUUUCUUUUAUUUUUUUCAAAAACCGGACCGGACCGGACCGGAUGAACAGUACCGGUUCCGGUGUGAGCUGUGAACCGGACCAAACCGGACCGCGCCCACCCCUAAUAUCUAUCCUUUUGUGGAUCAUCAACUUCAAGGGAUUCUUUGGUGAGUUUUUAGAGGAAUGUUAAGGUCUUGACAUUGUCGAUUUUGAAGUCAUCGAUGCUUUGGGUCCAAAGGGUGUUCUCAUUAACAUUGGAAGAGGUCCUCAUGGUGAUGAACCUGCUGGAUGGCCAGUUAGGUGGGAAUAUUCUUCUAAACAAAGAGUUGGGAACUUGCUUGGAAGUUGAUUACACUUUGGUAUUGGACGUAUUCAGCUCUUUCUUGGGGAAUUCCUCAAUUCUUCAGUUUCUUGCCUGUCUUUUAGUUCUCUUGUUGAGAGAUUCAUUGGUUUUAUUAUUUUAUGACUUGUGCUAUGGUGAUCAUCGCGAAAUUUGGCUGAGCAAGAUUAUUUUAAUAGCCAUCUAACUUAUAUCCGGCUCAAUUCAUUAUUGCAUAUGCAAUUAGAUUCCAAUUGAAACAGUGUGCCGUUUUCUUUGGUUAACACACCACCAUGCGACAUAGUUUCCAUCUCUCUUUGUCCUUCUCUCUCCCUCUUCCAUUAUUUCCCCUCUGUUUUUCAUCUAUUCCUACAACUUUCAUAUUGAGUAUUUUCUGAGAGUUUGCGGAACCAGAUUUCUCUUUCAUAUUGAAUAUUUUCUGAGAGUUUGCAGAACCAGAUUUCUAGGGACUUAUUUUCUUUUCCAAUGGCCUUGAGCACCCAAAGAGCCUCUUCAUCUCGUACUUCAGCUGAAUGGGCUCCUCCACAUUGGAAGCAUGAUGUGUUUUUGAGUUUCAGGGGUGAAGACACUCGCAGCGGUUUUCUAUCCCAUUUAUACCAUGAACUGCAGUAUUGGCAAGCAAUUAAAACUUUCAAGGACGACCGAGACCUUGAAAUAGGAGCAAGUAUUUCUCCGGAGUUGUUGACCGCAAUCGAACAAUCACAUCUUGCCAUCAUUGUUCUCUCCCCAAAUUACGCUUCUUCCACCUGGUGCUUGGAUGAACUUUCCAGGAUUCUUGAAUGCAUGCAAGACACCUUGAGAAUUCUGCCAAUCUUUUAUCACGUGGAUCCUUCUGAUGUACGAAACCAAAGGGGUAGUUUUGCGGAAGCCUUCACUAAGCAUGAAGAAAAGUUCAGUGAAGAUGUAGACAAGGUGAAGCGGUGGAGAGAUGCUUUAAAAGAAGUUGCCAAUCUCUCUGGGUUGGAUUCAAAGAAUUAUCAGUCGGAAGCAGAGCUUAUUAAACACAUUGCCAAAUGUGUGUUUAGGAAAGUGCAUCCAAUGUUCAUGUUGUCAGGUUCUCUAGACAAGUUAGUCGGAAUUGAUUUUGCCCUUGAGCAACUACGUUUGCAAUUAGACCUCGAGGCAAAUGACGUUCGCUUUAUAGGGAUAUGGGGGAUGGGUGGGUUAGGCAAAACAACCCUUGCUAACCUAGUUUUUGAAAGAAUUUCCCAUAAUUUUGAACUUAGCUCGUUUCUAUCUAAUGUGAGAGAGGUUUCUGCAAAACAUGGUACUCUAGUUGAUCUACAAAAACAACUUCUUUCCCCAAUCUUAAAGGAAAAUAUUAUCCAAGUUACGGAUGAAUGGUCAGGAAUCUCUUUCACUAAAAAAUGUUUAUGCAAUAAAAAGGUUCUUAUUGUCCUUGAUGAUGUGGAUCAAUUAAAACAACUUGAAACACUGGUUGGAGAGAAAAAAUGGUUUCGUUCAGGGAGUAGAAUUGUCAUCACAACUAGAAAUGAACGUCUACUAGUUGAACAUGGUAUAACGAUACAAUGUGAGGUCAAGGUAUUAAAUGAUGAUGAAGCUCUUGAGCUCUUCAGUCAAAAGGCCUUUAAGAAAAGUCAGCCAGAUGAAGGUUUCCUGGAAUUGUCUAAGCGUUUCCUAAAUUAUGCGAAAGGCCUUCCAUUAGCUCUUAAAACUUUGGGGAGUUCUUUGUAUAGGAGAGAUCAAGAUACAUGGAAAAGUGUGUUGUAUAAUCUAAAGAAAAUUCAUUAUCCCGACAUUUUUUCUUCACUCAAAGUAAUUUAUGACGGACUAGAAGAGUGGGAGAAGAAAUUUUUUCUCCAUGUUGCAUGUUUCCAUAAAGGGGAGUAUAAAGAGAAAGUAAUUCGCAUACUUGACAAGAACCAUGACAUUUCUAGUCGUGCUGUAAUAGAUAUUCUUAUUGAGAAAUCUCUCUUAACUAUUAAAAUCCACUCUCGUAUCGACACUGUUGAGAUGCAUGAUUUGAUACAAGAAAUGGCAUGGGAAAUUGUUCGUCAAGAGUCUAUCCAAGAGCCUGGUCAACGCAGUCGUUUGUGGCUUCGCGAUGAUAUCUCUCAUGUAAUCAUGAACAAUACGGGAACCGAAGCAAUGGAAGCCAUUGGCUUGCAUUUGCCGAAAUUAGAAGAGGUGCAUUGGAAUUGUACUGAAGCCUUCUCUAAGAUGCACGGAUUAAGGCUUCUUGAAUUUGAUAAUGUGAUCAUUUCUUCAGCCCCCAAAUAUCUUCCAAAUUCCUUAAGAACUAUCAGUUGGAGUUGGCACCCUUCUAAAUCACUCCCGUCAAGUUUCGAACCACGUUUCCUUGUUGAACUAAAGAUGCGUCAUAGCAAACUUGUCCAGCUUUGGGAUGGAGCAAAGGUCUUGCCAAACUUGAAAUACAUCGACCUUAGUUACUCUAAUCAAUUGACAAGUACCCCAGAUUUCACAGGCAUUCUAAAUCUUGAGAUUCUGCGUCUAGAACAUUGUUCGAAUUUAGUUGAGGUUCACUCAUCUUUUGCAGUUCACAAAAAGCUGAAAAGUUUGAAACUUGAGGGUUGUACAAGUGAGGUGGAAAUGAAUUCUCUUCAAUCCUUUGAUCUUUCUUGGUGCUCAGAAGUGAAAAGGAUUCCAGAAUUUGUUGGACAGAUGAAUAAUUUGUCAUAUCUUUCUUUAGAUGGGACUGCUAUUGAGGAAAUACCUUCAUCAAUUGAACGCCUUGUCGGCCUUGUUAGACUGAUUAUAAGUAAUUGUAAAAGUCUCUUGAGUCUCCCGAGUGGGAUAAGCAAUUUGAAGUGUCUUAAGGAUCUGGUUAUGGAGGGAUGCACAAAAAUUGACAAAAUUCUAGGGGAGAUGGUGUUGUCUUCUCUAAAUCGUUUAGAGUCUUUGGAUUUGGGUAAUUGUAAUAUUGGUGAAGGAAUCAUCCGUGAUGAUAUUGGCCUCUUGUCUUCUUUAGUAGAGUUGAUUCUUAGUGGAAACAAUUUCGUUAGCCUUCCCUCAAGCAUUAGAUUCCUUUCUAAGCUGAAGUUUCUUAUGUUGGAGGGGUGCGAAAGGCUUGAGCAAUUGCCAGAUCUUCCUCCAUUCAGAUCCACCUUUUUACAUGUAAGUGUAAACAAUUGUACUUCUUUAACAAGGUUGUCAGAUCCAUCAAGGUUGAGCGGAGGAGCCAAUGUGUAUGAUUUUGAUUUCACUUGUCUUAAUUGCUUCAAAUUGGUUGAAGAUGAAGGCUGGAUUAAUAGAAUAUUUGCAAUGAUACUGAGAGCGUACUUUCUGGUAUUUACUCUCGGGAAUAAAUAUUUCCUUUCAAAUGGUAUUGUAUACCCUGGAAGUGAAAUUCCAGAGUGGUUCAGUAAUCGAAGUGUGGGAGAUUCAAUAACUGUGGAGCUGCCUCUGCCUCCACAACCACGAAGCGACUGGGUUGGGAUUGCUUUAUGUGUUGUUUUUCAUGAUUCUGAAUAUUUGGAUAAUCCAGACGCCCUUGAUGAAUAUGAAUAUUUCUACAUUCAAUCAUCUCUGAAAGAUGUUAAUGGGUGUGAAUGGUUUGGAAUCGGGAGUCUUGAGUCAGAACACCUUUGGGUUUUUUUUUUGCUUCGCGAUCAUCCCAGCCUCACGGAUGCCUCAAGCAGUCAGCGGGUUUCGUUCGAAACGCAUUAUUCUCCAUUUACAAGUGAUUUGGAAGAACUCAAAACAAGCUCGAAUAUAAAGGAAUGUGGGGCCCGUUUGGUGUACGAGAGAGAUUUGGAAGAAUUUAGCCGAAUACUGAAAGUCCCAAACCCAGCACUGCGUGCAUACGAUGACGAGGAUGACGAUGAUGAACCAGGAAUUGGUAGCUCUGAUGAUGACGAUGAACCAGUCUGCAAAAGAUUGAAGAAAGUCUAAAUUAUUUUGUGCUUGGUGCAAUCAGUCAAUGAGGUCUCUAAAUAAUACUUGAAAAGCUAAUGACGAUGAUGGUCAAUCCUCAGAAUUCAUCUCAGUUUUAUUGUUUUCACCAAUUGCUGUGUCAGAUAAUGUACUGAAAACGGACAAGUAAGGUGUCUGUAUUCCAUGAAAAUGCACAAUCUGAAUGAACAUUUGCAGAUGUUGCCCAACUGAAGCAUUUAGAACUGCACACUACUGAGUGAACAUCAGGUUUUAUUGGAAACUCAGGAGCUUCGGUAGAUUUCUCUAGAGCUAAGGUUAUUUACAAGGAAUAUGGAGAUAUGGACAAGUGUAGGCCUGCUAUUGAAUCAGCCGUUUUCCUUAGAGUUUCUAAAGGAAUGUGAGUGAAGGAAAUUUGCUGCAUUAUUUUGCUUGCUCAUUGCUGCUUUACGAUUAUAGCUGCUUUUGGAUUUUGCAGCAGGCGUGUAAAUUUGCAUCUUUGCUGUUAUUUAAAUUGAUUUCGAUAGAAAAUCAGGAAAGGAAAGGAGAGGUGGUUGGUUCAUGACGGAAGAGAGAAUAACAGAGAAGGAGCGGCAAAAGGAAAUUUCGCUUGGAAAAACAGUUGGCAUUAUUGGCUUGGGAAGAAUUGGCAAAGCCAGAGUUGAAGUACUAGGAAUACUAUCUAAGUUCCAUGGAGUUAGUUGGUUGUGUGAACUCUGAUCACUUCUGAGGAAACCAAUGACAUUGUCGAUUUUUAAGUCACUGAUGCUUGCUUUCCAAAGGGUAUUCUCGUUAACAUUGGAAGAGGCCUUAAUGUUGAUGAACCUGAGUCUCUGCGCUGCUGGAUGGUUUCUGCUGAAAUGGUUAGUAACUGAAGCAUUUAGAACAUGGUUGGUAACUUGGGAGGUAUCUUAUUCUGCUUAAAUGGUUUCUGCUGUAGGUUCAAGUCCACUCCACAUGCUGUAUAUGUUUGAUAUAGUUGGGCAGGUCAUCCCCAAAUUUUUGAUUUUCUUUAACUUCAAGUUGUGCUACUUCAACCAAUGUGUUAAUUAACAUGGAUAGUUUCUCAAGUCUCCUAUGUUGCUAACAGAAAACAGCAUAUCCGUUUUCCUUUUGCACUUACUUCUUUUGUUGUUUUCCUUAAUUGUUUGUCCUUCUACUACGUUCGAGAUAUAUUCUGGGUGGAUGGUCCGUGCUUAGGACUUGGAUUAACUUGUAUAGGCCUCGAGUAAAAUAACUAUUGCUAUAGUGAAA